UUUUCUUUUUUCAGUAAAUUUUAUUAUUUGACGUAAAUUUAUUGUUGCUGUUUGUUUUUCAGCCAUGGGAUUUGAAUCGAAAAAGACACCAAAAAAAGAAGAAAAAGGACAGGAAGCAGGGCCGAGUGAUAAAAAAAGAAGGAAAAAACUCCGGAAAAGAAGGAAAAAACUCCUGAAAAAAUUAAAAAAGAAGGGAAUUCAAAAGAUGGAAAGAUAAAAAAGGAUGGAAAGGAAGAAUUGAAGAAUGAUGGAAAAAUUAAAAAGGAAAAGAAAGAGGUUUCA